AUAGUUUAGAACAGUGGUUUUCAACUGUGGAUCUGCGGCGCCCUAGAGUUCCGUAGGUUCACAUUCAAAUCCAAGAGCUUAUAUCAAUAUAUAUAUUGUAUUUAUAUUGUUUACAUAUCACAAAGUGGUCGUGACCAGAAAGAUCUUAUUUCGUCGACAACAGUAGGCUACAGCUAUUCAAUUGGCUAUACAGCUAUAUUCAAUUGGCCGUUGCAAUAUUACUUCGGAGCGGCGCCGCUGAGGACGUUUUUUAACAAAGAAUUUGAACAAAGAAACUUUAUUUUUAGUCGUAAUAUUCUAAUAGCGAAUUAGGCAUUUCAUCUAAAACAGUAAAUGCUGUCCGCACUGAAACUAAAACAGACUGCUGCAUUUGCCUUCGGAAAGAAUGCAGAUAUGGCCAGUAAACCAAGCGACAAAUGCAGAGAAAUUACCCCCGCACCGACGGGAUCAAAAAGAACUGAUUGCGAAUCAAAAACGGGAAUCAAUCUGCGUAAAACAUCAGGUGGCAGAUUGAGAAAAAUUCCGUCCACCCGGUACAACAAACGGAGUGACCGUAACGAAAGUCAUUCAAAAACUUCAGCAAAUAGGCAUUCUAAAAAGAUACCGGAUAGAUCGUUUUCAUAUCCAACAAAUUUAUCCAGGUCGGAUGAUCAUUGCAGAGUAACACAACUAACAUCACAAUUAUCACUUUUUCAAAGUCCGUUUGAAACCGGCUGUGAGCAAGAUAACGAACAAUAUCGCUAUGACGUCAACAUAUCUUGUCACAAAAAUCAACAAGUGUGGGUUGAACAGUUUCUUCUUCCAAUACUUGAGGAAGAGUUGGGCUUGUGUUGCUAUUUGCAUGACAGAGAUAGCUUGCCUGGCGUGACAACUGUGAAAAAUAUUGCAGCGUCAGUAAAGGAGUCCCGUGUAACAAUAAUAUGUUUUAGUAAAGACUAUAUCAGUUCAUCGUGGCAAAACUAUGAAGCGUUACUAGCACAUCACAUGGAUCCCGGAGGGUGGAAGAAGCGUAUCCUGCCAAUCGUCGUGGAAGAUUGUGCAUUACCAUUCAAAUACACUGUGUAUGCUACGUUGAAAUGGCCUGCAUGUAGCGAUACUGAUACAGUUCCCGCGUCUGUCAAACUUCGAAGACGAUUCUUCAUAUGUGGACUGUUAAACGCACUCGGAACGCGAGAUAAGGAGACGAUAUUGAGAAUUUACCAAGCAUACUGUGGCAAAACAGUAUCAGUCGCACAAACAAGAACGUCUCAAUUCACGUUUGAAGGAGGGGAAUUUCAAAACAAUAACCGGCGUCAUGCAUCCUCGUCGGAGUCAUUAACGAAAGAACAAUGCAAUGAAAACCGAAAUUUAGCACCUGUGAAAUAAAAAAUCGCUGGCAUAGACUCAAUGGCGAAAAAAUCAUUGCGAAUCUCGUGAAUGCUCAUUAAAUGAGACUAUUCCUACCAUGAAAAGCUAGCUAAAUGCCAUAUAUAUAUAUAUAUACAUUUCAAGAAAAAGUUAUUUUUGACCAUCUGUAGGCCUACUUGUUAAUUCGACAUACCAUUUGGCAAUCCUUGCAAAACUAUUUAUAUAUAUACUGUGAAAAUUUUUUUCUGAUUUUCUCGUUUUAUUUUGUGAUAUUUCUAAUAUUAAAUAUCAUAAAUUUAGGUGAGUGAGCAUAUACAACUUCUUUUGAUAAAACCUUUUCAUCUAAUUUCCGUACGUUUCACACAUUAUUUGAAAUUUUGAUUGCUCUCUGGAUUCUGUAAUCUGUAUCAAUUUAUUGCCUGUUUUGUCGAUUAUGAAUUUGAAAUAAAGUUAUACUUUACGUA